AUGACAGAAGUGAAACGAACUUACGUUCACCUCACGACAGUGUUUUUAAUUCUUAUUUUCUGCCGAUGGGGAAGACUGGCUGAAAGCAAUGAUGUUUCUUCUUCGAUAGAAAAACAGAAAAGAAGAAUCGGCGACGUGAAAUUAAGUUCCUCUAAACCUGAGGCAUCAAUUACAGAGCUUGAGAAAGAACUGUUUCCUCUUAGCAAAAUCAGCCGAAAUGAAUUAGCCCAGGAAACUUCACAACCUGUAAUGAGAGCGAAGGUCGCAAAGAAGAAAGUUAUCUUAAGUGGCGAAGAAAUGAAUACAAGUGUAGAUAUCGAGUGUGCAGGCACUAAACAAGUUAGUGUCAACGAUAAAGCUGUUUUGCACAAUACGAAAAGCCAUGAAAAUACUGAUUAUUAUUUCAAAGAAAAACGCCUCGAUAGGCAGAAAAGAGAUUCGCAGUCCACUGGAACAUCAUCGGCAACUCCCGAAGGAUCACCCGAGGGUUCAUCCGCUGAACCCCAAACAGAACCAACGGCAGCUCCCGAACAGUCUUGGCCAGAACCAGAACCCGACUGGGAUGAAGCAUACACCAAGUGGCAAGACGCCUGGCCAAUGCACACCUACGGCUUUGGUGCGGUUUUUACAGUGAUUACAAUGAUUCCUCCAUUCGAGUUACUCAGAAUACACCUUGAUAAGGCCAGGAUUUCACCCUUGAAAUCGACAGUGCUUGUCAUUAUUUUCAUAUUCAGUCUAACUCGGGCCAUUACGCUGUUUGUAGACCCGUAUGGCUCCACCAACCGCUUCCCUCUCGUCGUUACUCAACUGUUAUUUUCUCUGGGGCACCCGUGCAUCAUUUCUGCUCUGAGCCUCCUUCUUCUUGUUUUGAUCGACACGACGAAGAUGAACAUUGCUCCACCUCGAUUUCAGCGAGUCCAGUUCAUUAUCCCCGUGGUAAUAUUCCACGUAAUCUUAGUAAUUGUCACAGACUUUGUGGUGGUUUACUUCCUGGAAGCCAAAGUUCUUCUGCUUAUGUGUCAAAUUUAUUUUCUUCUGCUUGGCAGCCUACUGGCGAUUGGCUACGUAAGUGUGGGAUGCAAGAUUCACAAGAAUAUCAGAGCCAAUGUAAACACCAAAAUCACAGGUGACAACAGCAUGAGGCGCCUGCUGUAUCUGAUAAUAGCGUGUGCGGUUGCAUCCGCUUUGAUAAGCAUUCUGACAAUUUACGCUGCAGCAGGGGUUUUUGGGGUGUAUUCCGAUGUAGAGCAUGUAGAGGCCUGGCCAUGGUGGAUAUUCCAGACAUUAAAUAGGCUUCUAGAAACCACCAUUUGCAUCGUGGUAUUACUAAUGAACACAAAGACCACUAAGCGAAAGAUUCUGCCUUCAUUUGUAACCGUAAGUGUGUUUAACUCGCGGAGAAAGACAAACGAGAACAAAAUAGCUCCACCCGAAAUCUAUGACUGCCAAUCAAUACAAUCCGUCGAAUAA